AUGGCCCCGAAUUUGCCCGGCUACUACUUUGAUGAAGAAAAGAAGAAAUACUUCGGAAUCCAACCCAAUCACAUUGCUCCAAACAAUGCAAAGUACUCUCAAGCCAAUGUGCAGCAUGAGGAGCACCUUGCCAAGAAGCAGAAACUCGAAGAUAAUAACAAAAAGGUCCUGAAGUCACAGACGGUGCUUUCUGCUCGGGUUUUAAAGCACUCAUUACUUGGCGGAAGUGGUCUUCUUCGAGAAUGCGGCAAGUCAUCAAGGACUAUGGUGCAGCGAGAAGAUGCCUUCUUGCGAGGACUUCAAAAGAGUCGCGACAAGAAUCUACACUUUCCAUUCGGUCUAGUCCUCGACGCUCACUGGACUGACUCUCGCGUCGCCGUGGUCUCUAAUGCCGGAAUUCACUCAUACGAACGAAGUGAUGGACCAGUCUAUACCGACGAAGGCAUAUGCCACGUGACCACUCCAUCACUCCCAUAUCCACAAAACGUCAUCAUCAAUUCAACCAACAUGACGACAAUCUCCGGCGUGCCGCACAUUCUAGGCUGUACAAAUGGUAUCGGGAUGAAUGCCUUUCUCGUACCAAUCGAAGGGUCCAUCGGAGGAGGAAAUCGUUGGACGGUGGACGGACUCCUCUUCGACUGCGCCGUCAAUGACAUUGACAACACGAAGCUUGCAUUCGUAGGCAAUUCCACGGUCAUGACCGUCGAUGCCUUUACCCAUAGUGUCAGCGCAUCCAUCAAUUUGGAAAAUUUCCCGUCCGCCCGUACGAAUGAAUGGCCGGACGCGGUAGAUGCAACGUCUGCUCGGAAGGUUGAGUGGCUGAGCGAGCAUACCCUAGCUUUCGCAACCCGCGAGCAUUUCGAGAGACGGCACUACAACCACCAGGUCAUGCUUUGGGAUGUUCGUUCCCCUACCGCCACCUCUGCUCGAUGGAGACGAGAGAGCCGGAUUUCCGGCCUAUCCAAACCARACACCAGCGKCAACAAUCUCAUCGUCACUAGCAAUUUCGAUAUUUCCAUGUACGAUCUGCGAGUGUUGAGGGCUGAUCGACCACUCCUGACCAUACGGCAUCAAUCCGUAGGAGAUGUGACGUAUCAUGCGACGUACAAUGGGAAUCUGCUCGCUGCGAUUGAUCAUAACAUGAAAAUUCAAGGCUAUUCUUGGAAGACGGGCAGGUUUGUCAAGACCAUUCAUGCGCCGCGAGAAGAAUGGUGGCAGCAGGAUACGAUCUUGAUGAGGAGUGUCAAGUGGGUUGAUGAGGCGGGUGAAGGACCGAGAUUGCAGGCUUGUCAUGGGAAGGAGGUGUUUAGUUAUCAGAUGUCGUGGUUGUGA